AAUUUAGCUGAAACCUACAGUUAGACAUCAUAGUAAUUAUACUUGCGAGCAAGUGGAUUGAAGAUCUGUAGAAAUUUGCUUUGGUGUUCAUGUACCUGUACCAUGGAGUCUGGCAUUUACAUUGUGUUAUUCUGGCACCUCGUGAUAACACAUGCCUACUGGUUUGAAAACGGAUUUCAACAUCAUUAUACUUAUUCUUCUACCACAAAUACUUUGGGAGCUUAUAACGUAUCAACUGUUAUAAAGUUUCAAAUUCGAAAUGUAAAUGCAACUGAUGGUGGAGUAAAAUUGCAUGAACUUCAAGUGGACAGUAUUACCAUAAAAACACAGGAUGGCUACUUUUUUGAUAAUCCGAAGAAAUGGGACUUGACAAAAAGUUUUCUUUUUGAACUGGAACCAAACGGACUUAUUCAGUUCGUUCACAUUCAUCCAACCGAUGAGUUUGAACUGCGAACAAUUAAAAAGGCACUUGCUGGAACGCUAUCAGCAAAAUACGAACAUUCUGAGAAUGACAACUGGGAAUAUGAAUCAACUGAAAUCGACCACGGAGGAACACUUUCUCACAAAUAUCGAGGAUCAAAAUCAAAAACAGGAAUUAUUCUACAUAAGCAACACAAAAGUUCUGAUGAAAUCAACAGACAGCACGAUCGGAUUCUUCAUUACGACCAUCAAGGAUUGAUACAUUAUGUACAUUCUGUUGACAACUUAACAACACACCAUGUCAAAGAUGAGGACGGCUUUCACUCGACUUCUCACGAUGAAAGGGAACCUGAGAUAUCUGGAGAAUUUCCAACUAUAAAUGCGUUUGCAGAGAGUCAUCUUCAUUUGACGAAUAAAAAGAAACUCGAUAAGAAACCUGAAGGGAGUCGACAUGAAGGACUUCGUCGAGAAGAAACAACCGUACGGCCUAAAGCUCCAGAAAGACAGUCUCUCUCUAAAAUAGAGAAUCAAUUAAAUAUAUUGAUGGACUGCGUACUUUCACAUGCUGUCAGAAAUCAUCCGAACAGAACGCGUUGUCUUCAUUACCUUCGACAUAAUAUAUCUGCACUACAAAGUGAUGAUUUCAAGGAUUACAUGACUCGUAUUCUAUCGGUGAAGUGUUCUGCUGGGUAUGAAAAGUGUCAGGAGGAAAAGCAUGUGAUGAUCGGAAUCUUGGUUCAUUCUGACAGAGAGGAUAAUCAACAAUUGAUACAUCAGAUGGUUUUAAAAAAUCCCGAAACAACGGAAUCAGAACUGAGACAGUGCCUUAUGCAUUGCAUUCACCUUCGUAGUCCGGAGCCGGCAAUAAUCAGUACAAUUGAGGAUUUGUGUUUUGAGAACCAUAUUCAAAUUAAAACAAUGUUGACUUCCAUGAGUGAAAUACAGAAAGGGGCGUGUUUAACUAUCGGUGCCUUAGCGAAAACUUUGAAGGAAGACGGACAACUGAACGAGGCCAAACGGAUAACACUGAAAAUUGAAAACUGGUUACAGUAUCACAAUGAAUCCGAGUUCCACGAGAUAUAUCGCCCCCGUGAGAAGCGUUCAUUAGAGAAAUCAUACGAAAGAGAGGAAAACCACAUAAGAAUGAAGAGAACCUUGAUCCACGCCCUUGGAAAUGCCGCUCAUCCCGAUUCUCUGUCUUAUCUACAAUCUUACAUAAAACAUGACGAGGGAAUGCCUUCAUUACGGCGUACAGCAUCUCAUGCUUUGAGACACUAUGAAUGUCAAGAGAGUGCAUCUACCCUGCUUCGUUCAUCUUUGUUUGACCCUGAGGAUGUUGUGCGCCAUACAGCUUUUGAUGUUUACUCAAGACACCCAAUGAGGAAAAAACUGACAAAAGAGCAGGAAAAUAUGAUUUUAGAAAAAAAGUAUACGUAUCCCAUCGUAAGUCGUAUUCGAAAGCGGUCUGCCGACAAGUUGUUAGAGGAAAAUGAUUUUGACGUGAACCUUUCUCAAUAUAACUGGGGGAAAAAUCAGGGGUCAGGAAAUAUUGGAUCAUCCUCAGGACUAGAUUCUGAUCAAAGCGUUAAAUUCCACAUGACUCAAGUUGAGAGUGUUGUAACUUUGAAAGCUGACAAGCAAAGUCAUUCAAAAGCAAAUGCUGGUUUUGUCCACAAAAGAUUUGAUAAUCAUAGAACAAAGAUAUGUGACAAGAAAAGCUUCCAUUACGACCUGAAUGUUCUCAAUGAUUAUGGGUUUAAUGAUGCUCAAGAUGUAAUGACAGAAUAUGACAAAAUACAGCAGCAAAUUACGGGCCCUAUAAGAGAUGCCAUUAAAGGAAUCAACAGACUGAUAUUUGGGACAACAUCCGAGAACAAACUGCUGAAAUCAAUUGAUAGUUUAUCCAGAGCUUUGGCAAAUUGCUAUCACUCUAUUCUUCUUGUUGAUAACAAUUUUACAAAAGAACUAUCUGAUAUUGCACAGUUUAAUGUUAUAUCUGAUAUCAAACCAGCUGUCAAAUUACUUCAAGAAGUUGGAUCAUUUAUAAAGGAUAUAAAGGAUGACUUAAAUCAAUUUUACUUCCAUGUACUAAGUGCGGUGAAUAUAACAUUACCAAUGGUUUACGAGAAUAUGAAAGACUUAUUUGAUGGACUUGAGAUGGCUUGGAAUUUCUUCGAUGACCCUUUAACUUCAUUUAGCCGCCUAGAAAUCGAAGUUUUACGAUAACGUGAAUCAGUUGGUGAACUGGUGAAUGUCAAAUUAAAGAUUGGGAAAGAAAUGUAUGACACCACUGG